UUUAUGAAUUUUUAUUGAAAGUAUGGACCAUAACGAUAUCGACGUAACAGUUGAACACUAUUUGCCCCUCGUUCUCUUGGGCUCAGACUCAAAUAUAGAAUAACAAAACCCAAAAACUCUUGAGAUCUAAUCUCCCUCUUUCUUUCUUUUUUUGCCUCUUCCCUCCCCUUUCCUUAUAAGGAAGUAUCAUAGCGUCUCACUUUGGAUCCUUUCAUACUAAAGCAGUGAUCUUUAUGGACCACUGUCUGACUUCCCCACUUCGUUAUUCGAUCGAAACUCUAGUUUAUUGUAUCUAGUCUAAUGGAUCUUUAAGAAAUUUGUGGCAUUGUCUUUCAUAUAAGAGCUUUGGAAAGGCAACGCUUGGCAUUUGCAACAGAGAAUUACAUAGCAGAUAUUUUUAGUUAGAAGAACUUCAAAACUACAUAAAUGACGAGGGGGAGAUCUGAUCUGUCUCAAAAGAAGCGUAUAAUCACAUCUCUGUGUGUUUUGGGAAUCUUUCUUGGUUUCCUGUAUGUAUAUCAUGGGUCCAUUUUUGGCUCUCAAAGUCAUGGUGCAUCAGCACUAGAAUAUGGUAGCAGAUCGUGGAGAAAGCUCGGUUCAUCUUAUUUGGGAGGGGAUGAAGAUAAUGAUAGCAAGCAGGAUGAAUCUUCAACAAAAUAUGGGCAGGAAGAUGGAGAGGAGGAUGUCAUUAUGAAGAGCUUCCCUGUUUGUGAUGAUCGGCAUUCAGAACUUAUUCCCUGCUUAGACAGAAAUCUUAUAUACCAAAUGAGACUGAAGCUGGACCUGUCUUUGAUGGAGCACUAUGAGAGACAUUGCCCUGCUCCAGAAAGGCGGUACAAUUGCUUGAUUCCUCCUCCACCGGGGUACAAGGUCCCAAUCAAAUGGCCCCAAAGCAGAGAUGAAGUAUGGAAAGUAAACAUACCUCAUACUCACCUUGCACAAGAGAAAUCUGACCAGAACUGGAUGGUUGUAAAAGGAGAAAAGAUAGUGUUCCCUGGGGGAGGCACACAUUUUCAUUACGGAGCCGAUAAGUAUAUUGCUUCAAUUGCAAAUAUGCUCAACUUUUCAAACAACAAUUUAAACAAUGAAGGAAGGUUACGAACAGUUUUUGAUGUUGGUUGUGGAGUUGCAAGUUUUGGAGCCUAUUUGCUAUCGUCUGAUAUCAUAGCAAUGUCCUUGGCACCCAAUGAUGUGCAUCAAAACCAGAUCCAAUUUGCUUUAGAAAGAGGAAUUCCAGCAUAUCUUGGUGUUCUAGGGACCAAAAGGCUUCCUUACCCAAGCAGAUCCUUUGAACUUGCUCACUGUUCCCGUUGUAGAAUUGAUUGGCUUCAAAGAGAUGGGAUCCUUCUUCUUGAGCUGGAUAGGUUGCUCAGACCAGGAGGCUACUUUGCAUACUCAUCUCCAGAAGCAUAUGCACAAGAUGAGGAGGAUCUUAAAAUAUGGAGAGAGAUGAGUGCCCUUGUGGAACGCAUGUGUUGGAGAAUAGCUGCGAAGAAGAACCAAACUGUCAUUUGGCAAAAACCACUAACAAAUGACUGUUAUAUGGAGAGAGAACCUGGUACUCAACCUCCUCUCUGUCGAUCUGAUGAUGAUCCGGAUGCAGUAUGGGGUGUGCCAAUGGAAGCUUGCAUCUCAACAUACUCUGAUCAUGACCAUAGGGAAAAGGGGAGUGGUUUGGCUCCCUGGCCAGCUAGAUUGACAGCUCCUCCUCCUCGACUUGCUGAUUUUGGCUAUUCAAAUGAAAUGUUUGAAAAGGAUACGGAACUUUGGCGACACAGAGUUGAGAAUUAUUGGAAUCUCUUGAGUCCAAAGAUCGAAUCAAACACUCUGAGGAAUGUGAUGGAUAUGAAAUCAAACAUGGGGUCGUUUGCAGCUGCUCUGAAGGACAAGGAUGUUUGGGUGAUGAAUGUUGUCCCUGAAGAUGGACCAAAUACACUUAAGCUGAUAUAUGACAGAGGCCUUAUAGGCUCCGUUCACAGCUGGUGUGAAGCCUAUUCGACAUACCCCCGCACUUAUGAUUUACUCCAUGCUUGGACUGUAUUCUCUGACAUAGAAAAGAAGGAAUGUAGUGCUGAGGAUCUGUUGCUUGAGAUGGAUCGCAUACUCCGGCCUACUGGUUUUGUAAUCAUCCGUGACAAACAAUCAGUGGUAGAUUUUGUUAAGAAGUACCUAACGGCAUUGCACUGGGAAGCAGUGGCAGUAGCCGACUCCAGUAUAGAUUCAGACCAGGAUGGAGACGACGUUGUGUUUAUUAUCCAAAAGAAAAUAUGGCUGACAAGUGAGAGCCUCAAGGAUUCGGAAUAGGAAAAUGCCUCGUCAGUCCCUGUUUCAGUUUCCCAUUAUUUAUCUGCUGCUUCAAGGGAUUAAAAGCAUGUCCCAAGCAGUGAUCUAGUAACAGUAAAUUUUGUAGCAUUAAGUGAUGUUUACAUCAUUUCUUUCUUUUUUUCUUUUCUUUUGGGUAUUGAUUUUUUUAAUAUAGCAAAGGACUAACUGCAUCUAUAGGCUACUCCAUUUUUUUUCCUUUCUCUUUUUGGAUUUUCUGUAAGCUACUUUGCUAUUCAUUAAUAAUCAAAUCAUAUGGCUUCCAAAUUA